GCGACCCAGGAGCCCGAGAACGUGCUAAGGCUGAGCUGGAAGGACUUGGGACCUUCAGAGGCAGAACAGCUCCUACGGGAGGCCGUCCCUCGGAUUCAGGAACUGGUGCACGAGCGAGACGUGAGCUUGGAGAAAUUGUGGGAGCUCCAACAGGAACAGAAGACGCAGCCUGCUCCUCUGCCAGAGAACCACUGGCAACAUCUGGGGGUGCAGCUGGCCGAGGCUUGGGCCGAGGUGCGGCGUCUGCGGCAGGAGCUCAGCUUCUUGGUUCUACAUGCCUUUAUGCACUGUUGCCUUCCCCAGAACCGAGAGUUGGCAGGCGAGGCCCGCCUCGCAGGGCUGUACCGGGACGAAGUGGAUGCUUUGCGGGAGAAGGCGUUACAGACGGAACGGCUUCAAGCAGAGGUGGCCGCCCUGCGAGAACGGCUGCCUGCGUUGGAGCAGUGCCGGGCCCAGCUCAAGGAGGAGCGCGGGUUUUCCCAGGCUCUGUUGGAAACGAAGGCUAUGCUGGAGGGACAACUGGAAGCAGCCCGUGCCCGAGGGCAGCAGCGGCUGAACCAGCUGGAGAAGGAGAAGAUGCAUCUUCAAGCCUGCUUGAACCAGGUGCAGGAGGAACGGGACCACCUGUAUCAGCAAGCCGAAGACCUUCUGGGAGAGAAGAUGGCUCUUGAAAGACAGCUGAGGCAAACUUUUGGGGAGACCCCCGAGGUCCUCCGGGCGGAAGAGAUAGAGAGUGUCUGGACCCCCAGAGAACCUUCUGAGGCGCCCCUCUUGCUGGGCUACGAAAUAAAAGAGGCCGGCCAAUGGUCGGCCCUGGAGCGCGAGAACCAGGAGCUACGGCGGAAGCUGCAGGAGGCGCUCGAGACGAAGGAGGUGACCCUAAGGCCGGAAAACGCCGUCCUUGACCGUGAGCUAAAACCACCGCAGAGCCAGGCAGAACCGGAGCCGAAAGUCCGAGCUGAAAACCUUGCUAUAGUUAAAGGCCAAGAGCAAGGAGGUCAUGAAGGUUUGGUCCCAGAUAAGAGGAAAACACAGAGUCAGAAGCAAGAAGCGGAGGGGUUGUUGGGCGAAAGGGAGUCCGCCCUGCCAGAGGUUCGGAUCCCACCGAGCCAGGUCGCGCGGCGUCGGGAAGCAGAGUCCCACCAAAGGUUGGGUCUGGAAGACAGCCUGAGAAGUUUGCAGGAAGCUCAUGCUGCUACUCUGGAGAAACAAGAGCGAGAGCGUGAACAGUGGCGCUUGGAGAGGGAGCGCCUGACGGAGGAGAUCCAGGCUUUGGAACGAGAGCAGGAAAUCCUCCAAGCCGGCUCCGGGGCCCUGCAAGCAGCCGCUACGCAGGCCGAGCUGGCACUGGAGGAGGCCCGGCGGAGUCUUCAGGAGGAGCGGCUGCAAGGGGUCCGGCUGGCCCAAAAAGCCCGGCAGGCGGACGAAGCCCUGCACAACGCCCGGAAGGAGCUGGACGCUUUGCAGAGGAGCCGAGAGCAGCACAAGAUCGCACUGGCGCAGCUCGAAGCCGAGAAGGGGGCUCUCGAGGAGAUGCUGAGCGAAGCCGAGAACCGGCGCCGGCGGCUGGAGAAGGAUGGCCAGCGGCUGAAGGCCCAGGUUCAAGUCCAGGAGGAAGCGCUGGCCGCUCAGGGCGCCCGCCUCGCCCGCCUGGAGGCCCAAACGCGGCAGCAGGCCAGGGAGCUGGACAGCCUGCGGGAGGCCGCCCGGCAGCUCCAGGAUUCGGAGCGAGAGGCGGCUGGCCUGCGGGAACGGCUGGACGCCGAGUGCGAAACUUCAGCCAGGCUGAAGGAGGAGCUUCAGCAGGAGAAAGCGAAGGGAAAGGGGGCAGAAUCCACCUUCGCUCAGCUGAGGGAGCAGAUGUUGACAAAGGAAGCCGUUCUUCAGGAAGAAGCAGGAAGUGAGAAGUACAGGGAGGAGAAACACGCGGGACCCUCGGAUGGGAAGAAGAUGGGUGUGGAGGAAGAGAACAGCGUCCUCAAAAGGCAGCUGGAAGAACUGCAGGCUCGUGUGGCCCGGCUUACAAAUAACCAACAGGCAAAAAGCAGCGCUGUCGCCCCGCCGCUCCUAGAGCCUCGAACGCAGCUCCCCGUGGGCCAGAGCCCCCCUGACACAGAGGCGCUGCCCCUCCAGCUGGAGGCGAGAACGGAGGCCCUGAGUGCGAGACUCAUUCAAGUGGAACGCGAGAAUGCGGUCCUGCAGGCUGAGAAAUCGACCCUCGCAGAGCGGCUCAGUCAGUUGGAGUCGCACGUCGACAGCCGACGGGCCAAGCGGCAGGGAAGGGGCAGCAACGCGGACGAAGAAAGCGAGCAACGGCAGGCGCAGAGCCAGGCGUCGCAGGUGGAGGCGGCGUUGCUGCGUUCCCAGCAGGUGUUACUGGAAUCCCAGCUCUCGGAUCUGCGGCAGAGGCUGGCUUUUGCGGAGUCAGAAGCCCAGGCCUCCCAGCGGGCACGGGAAGAGUGGCGGGGACGCUACGAGGCUCUUCUGCGGGAUCAUGACCGCUUGACGGUGCUGCAUGAGCGACAGGGAGUAGAUCUGGAAGGGCUGAUGGGGAAGCAGUCAAGCCUCAAGGGAGAUCUGCGCCGCUUGGAGCAGGAAUACCGAGAACUGCAGAGCAGGCAUAGCCAGCUGUUGGGGCAGAAAACCGGCCUUGAAGAGCGGGAAGAGGCUCUCCGGGAGCAGAAGAAACAUCUGGAAGAGGCUGAGCGCCGUCACCAGGAACUGGCCGAACAGCACAGCAACCUGAAGGAGGAGCAUGAGCGGGUAGUGGGGGAUCAGGAGACGGUGGUGCUGCUGGCUCAGCUGAAAGGGAACCAGGAGGAAGAGAACCGGCACCUGCUUCAGGAGAUCCAGGCGUUAAGCCGGGAGAACAGACGGCUGCUGGAACACAGCAUGGAAAGCCGGGAACACUUUCAGGAAGAGCAGAGGCAGUACCUAGACAAACUGGGUGAGUUACGUCGGGAGAAGCAGAAACUGGUAGAGAAGAUUAUGGACCAGUACCGGGUGCUGGAACCGGCCCUUCCUCGUGGCAAGAAGAGCAACUGGAUCACGGAGAAAAUAAGGAAGCUGAUGAAACCUCGCCGGGAGGCUUUCCGGGAACAGCUGCGCCCCAUGGCUGAGGGCGCUGGCAGCAGUGAGAGCCUGACGGGGCAGGAGAACCACGGCGUGGAGGGAUCAGGUGAGUCCCUGUGGUCCCGAAUGAUGGGAGGAGAAGGAGAGCAAAGUCUAGACACCGAAAAAGAGGCACCGUGUGAUUUUUAGCGUUGGAUUUAUUCCCUGAUCUUGAUCACCUCAG